AUGGCUGAAUUACAACUGCAGAAAGGACAAUCAUUGCAAGGACUCAGAUGGCAAGUAAUAUUCCACUUCCUAUUUUCCUGGCUGUGCCAUUCAGUCUAUGGUCAGAUUCAAUAUUCAAUUCUUGAAGAAUUAAGAAAAGGCUCAAUUGUUGGAAAUUUAGCAAAUGAUUUGGAAUUAAGUGUUAAGGUUCUUUCAAGAAGGAAAUUACAUAUUGUGUCUGGGGUCUCUGAAAAAUAUUUCAGUAUAAAUCUAGAUGGAAACCUAUUAAUUGCUGAUAGAAUAGACAGGGAGAUAUUGUGUAGAACUGUAGUUGAUUGUGUCCUUACAUUUGAUACUGUAGUGGAAAAUCCAGUAAAUGUUUUCAGUAUAAAGAUCGAUAUCCAGGGUAUAAAUGACAAUUCUCCUAAAUUUGCCAGUGAAGUAUUGACAUUAGAAAUGAGUGAAUCUACAUCACCAGGAACAAAAUUUGUAUUGCAAAAAGCUGAAGAUUUGGAUAUAGGGAUUCAUUCUCUGAUAAGCUACAAAAUCAGUGCUAAUCAGUAUUUUGCUCUUGGAGAGAAGGUCAGCUCUGAUGGCAGUGUAUUUCCAGAGCUCAUACUAGAGAAACCUCUAGAUCAAGAGACACGAGACAAGCAUAAACUCAUUCUAACAGCUUCUGAUGGUGGAAAUCCUGUACAGACAGGCACGGCCUUAAUUAAUAUCAUUAUCAAUGAUAUCAAUGAUAAUUCUCCAGUAUUUACACAGGAUGUAUAUAAAGUUAGGGAAAAUAUGCCAGUGAAUUCAACAAUGCUGCAGGUCAGUGCAAGUGAUAAAGAUGAAGGUGCCAAUGCACAGAUCACAUAUUCAUUAAGCACAACUGGAAAGCAUUAUCUUCAGACUUUCUCAAUCAAUCCAAGAAAAGGAGAGAUUACAACAAAAGAAUAUUUAGAUUACGAAGAAAAUAAAUAUUAUGAAAUCUUUGUGCAAGCAGAAGAUGGUGGAGGCCUAGCUGCCCAUGCUAAAGUUUUAAUAGAAAUCCUAGAUAUUAAUGACAAUGCUCCUGAGAUAUCCUUAAGUUCAUCAUUAGAUCUUAUUCCUGAGGAUUCACCACCUGAAACUGUAGUGGCCCUGAUUAAUGUUCACGACCGUGACUCAGGUGAAAAUGGGGAGGUUCAAUGUGUAAUACAAGGUGAUAUUCCAUUUGAACUAACAUCAUCGGCCAGUAACUUUUAUAAAAUUGUUACAAAAAGUAAUCUGGAUAGAGAAAAAAUAUCCUCCUACAAAAUUAUAAUACAAGCCUCAGACAAAGGAUCUCCUAAAACAACUUCAAGAAAAGUCAUUCAACUUGACAUUUCAGAUGUUAAUGACAACACACCAGUGUUUGAGAAACCAGAUUGCACUGCUUUUCUUCCAGAAAAUAAUUUGCCAGGAGCUUCUAUAUUUAGUAUUCAAGCAAGAGAUAUAGACAGUGAAAACAAUGCCAAGAUAACAUAUACUAUACUAAUAUCUAAUGUUUAUCAAUACAUUACAGAAAAUAAUGAACUUUAUCACAAUAUGCAAAUUCUUUUAGAAGGACCUGUAUAUGCUCAACAGUCAUUUGAUUAUGAGACAUAUAGAGAAUUUAAUAUCCACAUCAUUGCCAGAGAUAAUGGUUCUCCAUCUUUGAACAGCACUACAACACUAACAAUAUAUAUAGUAGACCAGAAUGAUAAUGCACCCGCUAUUCUGUACCCAUCCCCUGAAGAUGAUAGCUCAACAUUUGAAAUGGUUCCUUGGACCUCUGAAAAAGGAUCUUUAGUAUCUAAAGUCGUGGCAGUGGACACUGACUCUGGACACAAUGCCUGGUUGUAUUUUUUACAAUCUUCAGAAACAUCACUCUUCACCAUUGACCAGCAAACAGGGGAGCUCAGAAGAUCAUAUAUAUUUCAAGAAAGAGAUAUCAUGAAACAUGGAAUUGUGGUUCUAGUAAAAGACAAUGGGAUUCCAUCACGCUCAGCUUCAGUCAAUAUAAACAUGAUGAUUGCAGGUCAUUUCCAUCAGGUCCUUCCUGAGCUGAGCAGUCAGUCAAACAAGGAUGAAUCUCAGUCCAACUUAAAAAUCUACUUAGUCAUAGCCUUGACCUUGAUUUCCUUUCUCUUCAUGUUGAAUAUUCUUAUUGCAGUUGUCUCCAAGUAUAAAGAGUCCAAAUCUUCUUUGUUUGGAUCCCUGAGUGCAAAUCUAUACCCAUCAGUUGAUCCCAGAUUUAUUUCACAGCUUAUCAAUGGAACAUUACCUCUACCAUAUUCCUAUGAUGUUUGUGUAACAUUGGAUCCAAGUGAGCAAGAAUUUGCUUUCCUUAAACCCCAGCACAAUGUUUCAGUGGAUAGUCUUAUAGAUGCUAAUAAUUCUUUGAUGGAAAAUGAAACUUUGAAGAACUCUUCACCUGCAGAAAAUCUCAUACCACAGGGUAUUUCCCAAUUUUCUUUACAAUUAACAUCCAUAAGCAUGGUAAUACUAGUUGAUCAGAAUACCCAAGGAUUAUCUGGUGGACUUAGGGUCGGGCACAAUAUUGAGCUCCAAUAUUCUAGCCAAAUGAGGCUAGACAAUGAGGGUCAAUUGUUAAGCAACUUUUUGAACACUGCUGCACCUAAAUGUAGAAAAUCAUACUUACCUGAUCCAAUUGCUCUCGAUGGGCUGGCAGCCGAAAUCCCGUGUCUUCGCUCAAGAUCUGCGAGCAAGAUGGCGGCGGCCAGCCCAUCGUAA